AUGGCAAACAAGUUUGGUUUAGGGUCUUUACCUCUAGAAUCUAAAAAUCCCAUGAGUUCUACGGCGUUUAUAAACAAAGUGAAACCUUUUUUCGUGGAUCAAAUUGGAGACACCUUGCAAAGGGAUAUCGAUAUGAACAAUUUCAAAAUAACUAAUUUAAAGUUUCCAGGAAACGAUAACGAUGCCGUGAACAAGAAAUAUUUACUGGAUCAAAUAAACGCAAUUCAAAUAGAUAAGGACCAUGUUGAAAAUAGAAUAACUGACGUGAAAAGAUUCAUCAGACGAAAUAUUAAAAAUCUUGUGGACGAACCCAAACUACAACAAGAGUUAACGAUUUUGAAACGUCUUAUUCAAGUGGAUAAAACAAGUCAGUUGCAAAAUUUAAUAUCUAAAUUAGACGAUAAGAUUACGAAGGUAAAAAUAGACGUCCAACGUUUAAUAGACAACCCAAAUGUAAACGAGGAUAGAUUGAAACGAAAACUAAUCGCUUUAGUAAGAAAACUUGGCGAAUUGCUAGCAGAACUAGACAAGACCGCCGACAAAACCGAGUUACAAAAUUCGAUAUCCAAUUUGAAUAAAAAGAUCGCGAAGCAAAAAUCAGAUGUUCAAGAUAUAAUUAACACACUUCCCAUUGACAAAGAUACGUUGAAACAUCAAUUGACUGCUUUGGAUACUAAAAUCACGGACGAAUUAGAAAAAGAAGUGGGUGUGAUUAAAAACUUUCUUCAACAUAAAUUUCGAGAUGAUAUGAAAAAUUAUAUUAAAGAACAGAGAAAGUUGACCAAAUUGGAAGCUAUUGUCACGGACAAAUCGUAUUAUUUCAAUCUUCCAUUCGAAAGUGACACUGUAUUCGAUAGAAAAGGCCAAAUUUAUAAAUCAAACAAAUACGGAUUCAAAGUAGAAAUAAAAGUGGGUUCUCUCGAAUACGGAGAACCUAAAAACGUAUUCGAUAUCGGCGAAACGCAAGCGUUUACUUUUCGAGGUAAUUGUCUGAUUCAAAUAGAGUUUCCCAUGAAGGUUAAAGUCAAUAAAGUAGUCUUCAAACAAACCGGUAAGGCCGUCAAACAUAUUUCAUUAUUCAAUGAUGGUAAUUUGGAAGAGAAUAUACGUUUGAUUGAUAAAAGGGAUCAGGAAAUUGAAACGAAAAAUGGUAAAUAUGUAGACACCUUUAAAAUGGAAGUAGAAAAUGAUAAGUAUGUCAUUGAAAUCAAAGAUUUGGAUAUGAUAUUGGAGACGGAAAAUCCACCAUUAACCAACAUUGUCAAAAUUCCACCAUCACUUAUAAUACCCGGACCAAUAGAAUCGAGCAGUCACGAGUUUUUACGAACAACAGACUUUGAAUACGUAAAACUGUAUUUUGUUUACGAUGGAAAAUACACCUCGAUCGAUGUUCAUAAAAGAGUUUAUAGUACAUUUAUCGUUUGCCGAAGGUUCCAUCCUUGA